CAAGGCACCCUUCGGAUACUGCCGCGAGGUGUGGAUCCCCCCAGCUGCCUUCAGAGCCCGGCGCGCUUGAGGCUCUCGCUGGCUUAGAAGAAACUUUCCUCUGCGGCUGCCGGGCGAGCGAGCGAGGGAGCGCUUGGGCUCGACAGCGGCGAAGCGCAUCUCGGGGCAGAGGGCAGCCGUUUCUCUCCCUCCCCGGUGGCGUUUUCCCUGUGGCGGCAUGUUGAGCUGGAGUCUCCCUGGAACCGUGCUGGGCGGGCUGCUGGGUUUCUGCCUUCUUCUAGCAGGAUCUAGUUCAGGAUUCAAAUGGAAAGGUCCCAAAUUAAAUGUAACAGGAGCGCACCAAGUCAUACAAGAAGGGGACACUUUAAACAUCUUGUGCAGUGGAGAUGUGCCCCAUUCUUGGUUUCUGCCUGAAACUCUAAGUAGGAAUGACAACCGGUUGAAUAUAAUGACUUAUGCUUGUGGAAGGCACAACAAGCAGUUCUGCAGUAGCCUGACUUUGAACAGAGCUCAAGCAACUGACACAGGAUAUUACAGCUGCAAAUAUCCAUCCUCAAGUGAAGUAAAAAAGAAGACCGUAUCUAAAAUAUAUGUAUUUGUUAAUGACACACAAAACCCAUUUAUCAAGCUGCAUACAAAUAUACCAGAAAUGAUACGUACGACUGAUGGAGAGGAGCUAAUCAUUCCCUGCAGAGUUACAGCACCUGAUAUCCAUGUUAAAUUAAGAAUGAUACCAGGAGAAAACAUUAUCCCUGAUGGGAAAACAGUCAUCUGGGAUAACACAAAAGGCUUCAUAAUUCCAAAAGCAACUUAUACAUUCAUAGGGCUUCUUAGCUGUGAAACUACUAUUGAUGGUCAUGAAUAUAGCACCAAAUACCUGACAUAUAGGAUAAACAAUGAAAUCAUUAGUGUCCAAGUGAAUGAUUCAAAACCAGUGAAGUUAUUCAAAGGACAAAGUCUUGUUCUCAACUGUAGUAUCACCGCAGCAUGGAACACCAGAGUGCAAAUCACAUGGACUUAUCCUGGCGAGGCAAGCAAAAGAGCCACCAUUAGUAGAAGCAUUCAACAAAGAAAAGAUGAGCCCAACCUAUUCUAUAGCAUCCUUGUUGUCGAUAAAGUCCAUGGUAUAGAUAAAGGCCAAUACAUCUGCAAUGUUAAGAGCGGGCCGUCACUCAAAUCAGAUAGCGUAACAGUUUUUAUUUAUGAUAAAGCAUUUAUCACUUUGCAACAUCGACAAAAAAACAUGCUGGAUGUUAUGUCUGGCAAGAAGUCCUAUCGACUUUCUAUGAAAGUGAAAGCAUUUCCUACACCAGAGGUUGUAUGGUUGAAGGAUGGGUUACCUGCUGCUGAAAUGUGUGCCAGAUAUAAAAUUAAACGUUUCUCACUCAUUAUAAAACAUGUUGCUGAAGAAGAUGCAGGAAACUACACUAUAAUGUUGAGCACCCGGAAGUGGAACCUACAAAAAAAUUCAACAAUAACACUCAGAAUAAAUGUGAAACCUCAGAUUUAUGAAAAAGUGUCAUCAAUUCCUGGUCCUACUCUCUAUCAACUAGGAACUAAGCAAAUUUUAACAUGCAUUGUUUAUGGUAUUCCUCAACCUGUGAUAAAGUGGACCUGGCAACCAUGUCAACAGAACCAUUCCAGAACAAGGUAUGACUUUUGCUCCAGUUCAGAAAAUCCACUAGUUUUGACAUCUGAAAGCACUACAGGAAACAGAAUCCAAAGCAUUACACAAAGAACAGCUUUAAUAGAGGGGAAGAAAAAGACCGCUAGCAUCUUGGUUGUGGCUGAAUCCAGAACAUCUGGAACCUACAGCUGCAUAGCAUCCAAUAAACUGGGAAAGGACAAAAGAGACAUCAGUUACUUUGUAACAGAUAUACCAAAUGGAUUGUCUAUUAACUUGAAGAAGGCACCUGUUGAAGGACAAACACUGGUGUUGUCAUGUCUAGCAAAUAAAUACUUGUACAAAGACCUCACCUGGCUUUUACCAAGGACAGCUAACAACCAAACAAGAAUUAGAAAAGCCAUUGUGAAGGAAUAUUCCACGGAGCUCCCUCUCAUCGUCAAGAACAUUUCGCUUGAACAUUCAGGCACCUACAUCUGCCGAGCAACAAACAUAUACACUGGCAAAGAUGUGCUUCAACAGAAAAACGUUGCCAUCAGAGCUCAGGAAGCCCCCUAUCUCCUUCGGAAUGCCACUGAUCAGGUGGUCAACACCAGCUACUCUCUUAGCCUGCAGUGUUCUGUACAUGGUGUGCCAGAGCCCCAGGUAUCAUGGUAUAAAAACAACAAACAGAUACAUCAAGAGCCAGGUAUAAUAUUAGGGCCAGGAAAUCAGAGUCUCUUGAUUGAAAGAGUACAAGAGAGUGAUGCUGGAUCCUAUCAAUGUAUAGCCACUAAUCUGAAAGGAAUGGUGACAAGUUCAGCCUAUGUUACAAUACAAGGAACAUCUGAAAACUCAAAUCUGGAGCUAAUAACAUUGACCUGCACCUGUUUGGCAGCCACACUCUUCUGGCUCCUGUUAACUCUCUUCAUACGAAAGCUGAAAAGGCCUUCUUCCUCCGAAAUAAAGUCAGACUAUUUGUCAAUCAUAAUGGAUCCUGAAGAAGUCCCCUUAGAUGAACAAUGUGAACGGCUUCCUUAUGAGGCCAGCAAAUGGGAGUUUGCUCGGGAAAGGCUUAAGUUGGGAAAGACACUCGGGAGAGGUGCUUUUGGGAAAGUAGUGCAAGCAGUUGCAUUCGGAAUUAAAAAGUCACCCACGUACAAAGUAGUUGCGGUGAAAAUGCUGAAAGAAGGAGCAACAGCAAGUGAACAUAAAGCUCUGAUGACCGAAUUGAAGAUUUUGACACAUAUAGGCCAUCAUCUUAAUGUGGUGAAUCUACUGGGAGCGUGUACAAAGGGCAGAGGACCAUUGAUGGUGAUAGUUGAAUAUUGCAAAUAUGGAAAUUUGUCAGGUUAUUUGAAGAGCAAAAGGGAUUUAUUUUCUACCCACAAGUAUGGAUCCAUUCAAAGAGACCCUUUGACAGAGAAGAAGGAUGUUGAGCCCAUCAGCGAUAAAAAAAAAAGACUGGAGAAUGUCCCAAGUCGAGAAAGCUUAGCAAGCUCUGGAUUUCAGGAAGAUAAAAGUUUAAGUGAUGUGGAGGAGGAAGAGGAGGAUGUCAGUGAUUUCUACAAGUGGCCCCUCACCAUGGAAGAUCUUAUUUCUUACAGCUUUCAGGUAGCCAGAGGCAUGGAAUUCUUGUCAUCUCAAAAGUGCAUCCAUCGUGAUUUAGCAGCCAGAAACAUCCUCUUAUCUGACAACAACGUUGUGAAGAUCUGUGAUUUUGGCCUUGCAAGAGAUACUUAUAAAAAUCCUGAUUAUGUGAGAAAAGGCGACGCACGUCUUCCCCUCAAAUGGAUGGCACCAGAAUCUAUAUUUGAUAAAGUCUAUAGUACCAAAAGUGAUGUUUGGUCAUAUGGAGUAUUACUCUGGGAAAUAUUUUCUUUAGGUGCAUCCCCAUAUCUUGGUAUACAAAUAGAUGAAGUCUUCUUCAGAAAGUUAAAAGAAGGCAUACGCAUGAAAGCUCCGGAUUAUGCAACCCCAGAAAUAUACCAUAUUAUGCUUAACUGUUGGCAAGGAGAUCCAAAUGAAAGACCAUGGUUCUCAGAGCUGGUGGAAAUAUUAGGGGACUUACUUCAGGCUAUUGUACAACAGGAUGGCAAAGAUUACAUACCUUUGAAUACUCUAGUGCCAGAGGAUACUGGGUCUGACAAUUGCUCUCCAAGUUCCUCUGAUCUUCAUGAGAGAAAAAACAGUUCAGUACCAGCCUUGACUAAUGCAAGUGCUGAAAUUUUGGGAAAAUAUGUUCAUGCUUUCAAGAUGAAACCAUUCCAGAGAGUCUUUGAAGAAACUUCAUCUAAGCACACGUUUCAGCCUGAUAAUUAUCAAGCUGAGGAGAGAAUGGUUCUGCCUUUGAAACAGCUAAAACGUUUUACAUGGACUGGCCUCAGACCAAAGCAAACUUUGGGGAGUUUCUACCCUGGAAACAGAAGCAAGGGACCUGUCUUUUUGGACACAGCUGAGCCAAAUGACUACAGCUUAAGUUUUGAUCAUAUCACUGACACGAUGCAGCCACUUACCUGUAGCAAAAUAAUUUGGGAAGAGAAACUAGUGCAGGAUAUUUCUCCUUCCAGUCACAAUUCAAUGGUGCGCCAUUCUACUUGCUAACAUUAAAACACCUGUCUUUUUGAGCUGCAAGUCUCUGCCACCACUUCAGUGCCUAAAAUAUUAUUUUGCUGCUCAUCAAUUCAUCAUCACCUGUGUCAAAAAUCAUUUCUAUAAUGCAAUUUCCCAUAUCAGCAUGCAUUAGCCCUUAUCCAAUAGUUGAAAGUCACAUAAAAAGGAGGAGGGAGGGUUAUUAUGUGUGUUGUCUUACUUAUUGCAAUAAUAAAGGUGGGAAAAAAUAUAGUAAAGAAGAGCUAUUUACUAGAGGGAAUGAAAAUCUGGUGCAUUGAUCUCCCCAGUUCUUAACAUCAGAUUAAUGCUCUGGAUUUCAUCUUUUAUAAGCCUGACUUCACACUUCUACUAAUCAUUUGUCUUUUUGUGGAAAAGGAACAAUUUUAUGACACUUUUAAGACAAUUUAAACCAGGGGUGUCAAACACAGGUCAUCACGGUGGCGUCAUGCGAUGGGGCUUUCCCCCCUUUGCUAAACUGGACGUGGGCGUGGCCAGCGUGACACAUCUGGCCCGUGGGCCAUGAGUUUGACAGCCCUGAUUUAAAGUAAAUCUGAUACCUUUCUGGAUGAAGCAGCAUAGCUCAGUACUACCAUUUCCAGCCAGCUGAAAACAGAAACACUGACUUAGGGACAAUUUCUACUUUUGAACAAGAAGAAACAAAUUUGAAAAAGUGGCCCUGUCAGAUAUUCAGCUGGCUCUAUCAUUAGGCAGAAGGAAGCAAUUGCCUCAUAUUAGCAAUUGUUGAGGGCCAGUAGUAAGAUCUCCCCAAAUGUCUUCUUGAGUGUUUCAAUCUGACGACAGAGCAUACCCUCAUACCUGUAGAAAUACAGGUAGUCCUUGACUUACAACAGUUCAUUUAGUGACCAUUCAAAGAUAUGCCACUGAAAAAAGUGACUUAAGACCAUUUUUCACAUGAUCGUUGCAGCAUCCC